AAAUCGCGGACAUGGCAACACUAGGAGAAAGCAGCUGAGGAGGGAUGGAGGGGCAGAGCAGUCAACCAAAAGCAAACAACAUGUAAGAUUUUCGAUCAUACCUGUACAGUUGGAUACAACACGAGGACAGUAUAAGAGACCACCGGAUGAAGAAAAAAUUACAGAGAACCCACCCAGCUGCUCCACAGGACUAAGAUAGUUAAAGGAAGGAAGAUACCACUGAAGCAGACAGAUCUGUUACACAACAUGUGCACACUCUAGCCAGUAGUGCCUCAUUCCAGUGUGAAACUGCUGAUUAGAGCCAUGCCAUUCUCAGGAAGCUUCCUGUCUGAAGAGCAGCUGCUGUGCUCCAUCUGCUUAGACGUGUUUGACAAUCCGGUGUCCACGCCAUGUGGCCACAGCUUCUGCAUGACCUGCAUCGGCCACUACUGGGACUCGGUGAAGCACUGCCAGUGCCCCCUCUGCAAGCAGACCUUCAAGAGAAAGCCUGAUCUCCACAUUAAUCGAACUCUUCGCGAGAUCACCGAACAGUUCAAACGCAUCAAGGAAAACCCUGGGGCCUCUGGAGGGGACGGGGCAGGUAGAGAUGCUGAGGAAGGUGUAAGAAAACAAGACUCAGUGGAUGGGACAGUAAGGCAAGGCCAACUUCCAGGUUAUCUUCUUGAGGAAAUGAAGCGGAGACUCACACGGCACAGGGCACACAGCAUUUCUCCGGCCUCUCACAAUGAAGCAGGGUCUGAACUACCUGUCACGCCAAACACUGAGAGUACUAGUGACACCCAGCCACCUGGUUUUGCCAGACAGUUGUCCUUGCGAAGGUAUACCCUGAGUGGGGCGGCAGAUGCCAUAAAAGUGCCCCUUUGUCCAAAACAUCACCGUAACCUGGAGCUGUUCUGUCGAUCUGAUCUGGAGUGUGUUUGUGUUGAGUGUGGACUAACGGAACACCAGUCACAUGACAUCACAUGUGCCGAGAAAGAGUGGCAGAGUCAUAAGAUGAAGAUUGGCAUCACAGAGACUGAGAUACAGGAGAUGACCAAAGAGAGGAUGAAGAAAGUGGACGAGAUCAAACAAUCGCUAGUUAAUAUCAAAAUGUUGUCAGAGCAUGAGGUACAGCGCAGCAUACAGCUGUUUGGGGCUUUGAUAAGCUCUCUCGAGCGCAGUCAGGCCGGGCUGCUGGAAGUGACUGAGAUAAACCGUCGCUCAGCAGAGCACCGGGCUGAGCUCAUGAUCAGAGAGCUGGAGCAGGAGAUCACAGAGCUGAGGAGGAGAAGCACAGCGCUGGCUAAACUGGCCCAGACUGAAAAUUACAUCACUGGACUGAAGGGCUACUCUGACGUCAACACUCCCAUGUCAAUGAAAGACUGGACGGGCGUCUCUCUGACCUGUGACCUUGGAACUAAAGCAGUUUACAGCUCUGUCUGUCAGCUACUGGAACAGUUUAAGGAGGAGCUUCAGAAAGUACCUGCAGUCUGCCUCUCUGUGUCUGCUAACCAAUCACCGGUGAAGUCACACCCAAAAGUGAAGAGAAUACAGGAAUAUGCAGUGGAUGUGACCCUGGACACCAACACUGCUCAUCCUCGUCUCAUCCUAUCAGAAGACAAGAAGAAGGUGUGGUGUGGUGAAAGGCACCAACAAGUUCCCAACAACCGCGAGCGCUUCGACCGUGUAGUCUGUGUCCUGGGCUGCGAGGGAUUCAGCAGUGGCCGACACUACUGGGAGGUGGAGGUGGGUGGAAAGACUGACUGGGACCUGGGAGUGGCGAGUCAUUCCUGCAACAGGAAGGGUAAGAUCUCAGUCAGCCCCAGCAACGGCUACUGGUUUCUUAGCUUGCGGGACAAGAACAACUAUGUCUUCAGGACUGAGCCUUCCACUGCCCUACCCCUCAGCCUGAGACCUCAGAAGAUAGGGCUGUUUGUGGACUACGACAAAGGCCAAGUGUCCUUUUAUAAUGUGGAUGCAAAGAUGCACAUUUACACAUUUAUGGACAAUUUUUCGGAGACCAUUUAUCCAUUUUUCAGUCCCUGUACCAAUAAAACAGGCACAAAUGAUGCUCCGCUGGUGAUCACGCCUGUCCUUCUGGAUUGAACAGUGAAAUGGAAACUUUUUAUGAGCAAACAUAUGAUUCGAAAUGUUGUUAACGUUCCUUUUUUUUUUUUUUGCCUUGUAUAGUAAAUGAUUUAUCUGCUGCCACAUUGGCACUUCAUUUUCAUUGAUAACAUAAAGAGUUUGUAUCACUAGGAUGACCAUACUUUCAAAUUUUAGCAUUGUUGUCCAAGUAUCGUGCUAUCUACAGUCCUCAUACAUUAUAUGUACAAUUCCUGCAUGCUACUGGUUAAACUACCUUUCAGUCAUUACCUUCUGCAAAUAUGAAAACAAUAAAAAAAAUGUAAAAAAAAAUCCCAAGCAAUUUUAGGCAAUUUAGAAAUCCUGGCCAGGGCCUUGGUAACUCUACUUUCACUGCUCUGGUCUUUUUAUACCAACAAAUAUGCUAAUUAACCUCAGCAGUUUUUAAUUAAUCUUCUCUUCAGAAAGGAAAGACUUCCUGAAUAGCCAUUACUUUUCAGGCAUGAAAGAGAACAUUAAUACUUUAAUACAAGAUGAAUAUUAGUAAAUUCACGUGAUUUGUUUGUAAAUUUGCUUCAUUCAUUGUUUCAGGCCUGUACGGUUCAUUUGGCCUGUUUUGAAAUGUAGCCUUAUUCUCACACACUGCACUUUAAAGUUUCUGUUACGAUGAGUACUUGAACACGAUGAAAUAAACAUUAUAGUAUCAGACGGCAAGUUUCUGCAGGUAAUUUCUUACUUUAUAACAUCCCACUCUUUCUCUCUCUUUCGUAUGCCUUAGUACCAAGACUGGGCCCUAUUUCCCAACAGUGGAGUGAGACUAAAGUUAUGCUGCUUACACUUACAUAAUACCAUCACAACCACCUCGUGUCUG